AUCAUGUUGCUGAUAUUUUUGCACCCCCCUCCCAAAGAUGUCAGCAUCCCACUGUCCUUACUCUGCCGGAGUUUGGAGCAGUGUGGAACACACCGUACGACCACCUCUGUGUCCAAAUGCCCCAAAAUGUCAUGUCCGAAUAACAUAGCGCCCGGUAGUUUCCUGAUGGAUUCCUUGAUGGGAGGAUCAUCUUCCUUCAGGGCCGAGGGCUACUCCAGAGACCCGGGGAUGUACCUCCACACAGCUGCAGAGUACGGAUACUCAGUGAUGACAAACAUGGGCAGGAUUGGACCACACUCACUUUCCAAAAGAGAGGAGGCACCCGCGGCCGCGGCCCCGGCCCCGGCCCCGGCCCCGCUCCCAGGAGGGAAGGAUGGGCCCUACCUGUCAGCCCAGCUGGCCACAUGGACCCCAGGCUCCAAAGGCAGCAGCAGCAGCAGCAGGAGGGACCAGCAACCUGUUGCCCAGUGUUUACAACCAGGCUCAUUUCCAGCGGGUAACGUCAAAGAGGAGGCGUUUUGUUGCCUCUAUCAGGAUGACAGCAAUAAGGGGAAACAGACAACAGAGUCCAGCUCCUACAUCCGGCUGGGGGACAAUAGCUGCCGGCCUCAGCAAACGGCCGCCCCGGCCGGCGGCUGUUUCCAGGUGUACAGCGAAGGGAGGCCGCAGCAGGAUGACCAGCAGUUCCCCUCCGGCUUCUCCCUGACCCACUUGGCCACAUCUGUUGAAUCUGUUGCAGCAGAGGCAUCGACAGUGGGCUGCAGCGACACGCCGAGGGAGCGUCCACGGACACACGAGUGUCUCCGGGACCGGAAGGAGGAGAAGGCCAAGAGUGACAGCUGUUCAGAAAACUCGGACGGGGAAUUGAAAGAUGAUUUACCCGCCGACAAGACAACGGGAAGCUGGUUAAAAGCCAAGAGUGGCAGGAAGAAGCGGUGUCCCUACACAAAGCACCAGACACUGGAGCUGGAGAAGGAGUUUUUGUUCAACAUGUAUUUGUCUCGGGAGCGCCGCCUGGAGAUCAGCCGGAGCAUUAACCUGACCGACCGUCAGGUGAAGAUUUGGUUCCAAAACAGACGCAUGAAGCAGAAGAAGCUGCACAGAGAGAGUCGAGAGAAGGAGCUGUGUGCAAUUUACAGCUACUGCUGAGGACACUGGACACAC